AUGGCCUACCUGGAGACGCCCUCGCGCAUCAUGCGGCGCUUUGAGGCGCAGGCGGGGAUGGACAUGCCCUCUUUGCCCUCGCUCCCCGCGUUCGACGAGGAACCGGAAUCCGGGCUGGAGGACAGCGAGGCGAGCCGACUGUUGUCGGACGACGAGCAGCCGCUGCAGUCUACGCCCGCGCCUACGUCCGCGCAGAACACCGCGCGGCUGAGCGCGCUGCAGAAUAGCGCGUCGAGCACGGCGCGGUUCGCGCAUUCGCUCGCGAGCCGCACGAGCCGGUCGCAGCUCUCGUCCAACUCCCAAUCUCAAUCCGCAUCCCAGUCCGCAUCGGCUUCUCUGCGCAGAUCGGGCGCGGGGAACGAGAUGAGCUUCAACGAUGUCAGUCCUAUUGCGGCGCGGCCGCGGUUUGGCGGGGUCAGGGAGUUGAGCCGGUCGGGGUCGUCGUUUGGUAGUGGUGGGGAGGCGGAUGAGUUGAGUUUGUCGGACGCGUUGAGGGAUCUGAGUAGUAAUAGUGUGCGGCCGGGUGUCGACACGCCGCAGUCGAAGAAGAGAGACUAUUCGGGGAUCGGGCUCAGUCCUUCUGUAAAGAUGUCGCCCCUCGACAAAAUGCGGCACAUCACAGCCCGCAAACCGCUCCCGCCCCUCCGCACGCCUUCUCUAUCACGCACGACGCCCUCGCCCACCAACUCGUCCCCGGCCAACUCCACGCCCCGCUCGAGCGCCUCGCAAGAUCUGCCCGCGCCGAUGCCCACGCUGCGCUUCGACUCGCCCAGCACCGUCCCGCUCCCGCCCUCCCAAGAGCCGUCGCCCGCGAACGUGCGGUACGAGCGGUCCAGCACGGGCGGGUCCAUCGCAGAAGAAGAAGAGGAGGAGACGCAUCACCCUUCCCAGAACUCAAAUAACUCGAACUCGCGCGAACCGACGUUCUCAUCCGAAGAAGCCAACACGCCCCAAUCGGCCCUCUCCCUCCGCUCCGCCCUCGCCGCCUCGCCCAUCCCCUCCAACGCCCUCUCAUCCGCAACACCCUCGACGCUAUACACGCCCACACCCGCCAUCGCGCCCCGCCCACGAGCGCGUUUCGGCGCCACCACCACCACUACAACCAAUGCGAACCUUAUUCCUGAGACGCCGCGAGUGGGAGGGGGAGGAAGUGGAGGGGUGGAAGACGACUUCACGACGCCCUUCGCCCGCCGCAGGAGUUUCCUAAUGGACGUCAUAAACUCGACCGCCCGCCCGCGCUUCGCCGCGCCGACGCCCCACCCGCGGCACGGGCCCGCGAUCUCGGAAGAACCCGAGAGUGUCAGCGUCGCCAGCGGUAGUAGCGGUAGCGCACGCCAGGCUAGUCAAAGUCCUAGCGUCGGGCAGCCCGGAAGCGGGAGUAGUGCGCGCGCGGCGAGUGUCGAGCCCGACGGCGACGCAGACGAGACGCUCGACGCGCCGCCGCCCGCGCGGCUGCCGUCCGCAUUCGUAGGCCUGACCCCGAGCGCCCGCCCGCGCGUCCGCUCCCGCGCGCGCCUCUCGCACCCCCUCGCGCGCACAUUCGCCCCCAUCACCUCUCCCUCCUCCAACGACCUCGACGCCGACAAUGAUCUGGAUGAACGACCUAGUUUCGCCUCGACAGCCUCCUCGCACGACCUCGUCCUCCACGCGCGCGCCAACGCCUCCUACGACCCCUCCACCGGCCUCGGCUCCCUGGGCCUCGGCCGCUUCGACGCCGCGAAGCUCAACGCAUAUCUCCACGGCCUCAACCGGCGGCUGCAGGAGGAGAGCGAGAGCCUCGCGGGGCAAGUUGAGGUGCUGAAGAGUGAAACUGUGGAGCUGGCGGAGGAGAACGCUGUGCUGGCGAUGCAGUUGGAGGAGGCGAGGAGGGCGGUUAGGAGGGGGAGUGGACAGCGCGGUAGAGUCAGUGACAUCGCUACUACACUACAGGGAGUUCAAGAGGAUGUGGGCGGCGAGGGAUGGAUGGAGGAGAAAGCGGCGCUCGAAGACGAGCUCGAGAACGCGCGGUCGGACGCCGAGCGCUUGAAUGACGCGUACGAACGCGCUGCGCGGGAAUUGGAGGAGGAGCAGGCUGCGCGCGCAGCAGACAGGGAGAAGUUCAGGGAGCGGAUGGGCGAGGUCGAGAGGGGCGUGCAGGGCAUUAUUCAGGAUUUGGAGGCGAGGGUCGAGGCGGCUGAGGCGCGGGCUGCUCAACAGGCCGAACGGAUCAAGGAGCUUGAGAGGGAGCUGGCGGAGGAGAGGGAUGCGCGCGCGUUCGAGCAUGCACGUGCAGAACGCGCCGAGUCGAAUCUCGCGAACAACGAGGACCUCGGCGGCGAGCUGCGCGCAGCCAACGAGCGCCUCGCCACCGCGCACGCCGAAGCCCGCGCCGCGCACUCCCAAAUCGCCACCCUCGAAUCCGAGCUCGAGCGCCUAACAGACGCCCUCGAAGACGCGCAAUCCCGCGCGCAAGACGAGCGCGACAACACGCGCAAGCUCCAAGAAGAGCUCGACGCGCGCGAGGCGAACCUCAGCUCGAUGGAGCACCACGUCGGCUCGCGCGAGACGGCGCUGCAGCAGCUCGAGGCGGAGCUCGCCGAGGCAAGGGAGUACAUCGCGGAGCUCGAGGCGGAGGGGAACGCGGUUGUUGAGCGGGUCGAGGUGUUGGAGGCGGAGCUGGGCGAGGUGGGGGCGUGGGAGGGGGAGAGGGGGGUGUUGGAGGAGGAGGUGGGGAGGGUGAGGGAUGAGGCGGAGAGGAAGGAGGAGAUGGUGAGGGAGAUGGAGGAGGCGCUGCAUGAGGCGGAGAGGAAGGCGAGGGAGGACGAGGCGGCUUUACACGAAUUACAGCGCAAGGUCUCGCACCUCGAACGCGAACGAUCGCGCCUCGAGCACUCCCGCUCCUUCCACAACGCCAACGCCCAAACCACCUCCACCUUCAACUCCGAUGAGGAGCGCGAACGCGAGCAAGAAUACGCCGCCCUCGAAGCCGAGCUCGAGUCCGCCUACCGCCACAUCGGCCAGCUCGAGUCGCAACUUUCACAAUCGCCAGCACGCGAAGCGCUCGAAAAAGCGCGCGAGGCGAGGAUAGAGAUGUUAGAGCGCGAGCGGGACGAGCUGGUCGAGCGCGUUAGGGUUUAUGCAAGGGGGAUGGGGCAGACGCCCAGUAAGAUAGGUGGUAUGGGAGGGUUGGGGAAUACGAGUAUCUCGCCGAUGCAUCGGGCGGUGCUUAAUAUGACUAUGCAUGCGCCGAGGACGCCGGGCGCGCCUUUACGCGACAUGUCCUGGCUCCACUCGACCGCCCCCGACCUCACGACCUCGCCCUACCUAUCCGAGAUCGCCCGGCUCCAAUCCGAGCUCGACAAAGCGAACCUCGAGAUCGACGCCAAGCUCGACAGGCUGAACGACGCGCGCUUCGGCGCCGUCGAGCUCACGCAGCAGCUCGAGGAGGAGCGCGAGCGGACGCGGGGCUUGGAGGACGAGGUGGCGCGGCUGGGGAGGAGGGAGGAGAGGAGGUGCAGGAGGCUGGGGAGGGUGCGGUGUCGCGGGUGUAGGAGUAGGGUUGAUGUGGGGGUGCUGGGGUUGGGCGGGCCGUUGGAUGCUGAUGAGAGCUCAAUCGUGGAUCAGUCGUCAAUGCUCUCAGUCGUAUCCGAUGCGCCCAGCCGUUCACCCGAAACGCUCAAGGCCGAGCUGCGCGCUGUGAACAAGGAGCUUACGCUGAUGAAGAAGCAAUGGCUCGACGAGAAGCGGCAGUUGAUGGGCGAUAAAGCCGUCCUGCAGGACGCGGCGAGCAAGCUCAACUCGCAGAUGAGGGAGGUCGAGCGGAGGGCGGACGAUGUGGAGCGUGCCGGCGAGCGUGAGCUCGAGGAAGCGAAGCGCACGAUCGCGGAGCUCGAGGACGAGCUUAAAGCCCAACGCACGCGCAUGCGCUCAUUGACGACCGAACAGUCCCGCGCCGAACGCGAGCGCGAGAGCGUGCUUAUGAAGCUCAAGCGUACGGAGUCGGAGAUCGUGGACGUCAAGAACGAGCUGCAGCGCUUGAAGGCGAAUAAUAAUGAGCUGGAGAGCGAGUUGCGCCUGAACACCGUUGCAGAGCAGAGGGCGCGGCUACUUGAGGCAAGGACGAACGAGAACGUCGAGACGAUCGAGCAGCUCCGGCACGAACGUUCCCAGCUCGCCUCCGAGCACAAACACCUCCAAGAGCGCUUCCGCGACGCCAACGAGCGCCUGAACAAGCUCCGCACAGAGAACGCAGCGACCCAACACUCGCUCGACGAAAAGCGCCACGCGCUCGACCUCCGCCUGCUCGACAUCGCCGACCUCAACGCCGCGCUCGCCGCGCGCGACGCCGCGUCCGACCUCGCGCACACCCGGGCGCGCGCCGUCGCCGAGCUCGAGUCCGACCUCUCGCGCGUGCGCCGCGCGGCCGAGGCGCUCGGGCGCGACCUGCGCGCCGAGCGCUCAGCGCGCGAAGAAGAGAUCCGGGCGCGGAAGGCGGUUGAUGGUGAGAAGAGGCGGGAGCUGGAGGAGGCGCGGCGCGCGGCGGAGAGGGCUGAGCGGGCACGGAAGCAGGUCGGCGCUGAGGUGAGGGUGUUGAGGGAGCGCGUGGGCGUGCUGGAGGGCGAGAAGAGGGGGUGGGAGGCGCAUGUGUGCGAGGCGGGCGAGGCGCAGAUCGGGGCGCUGAGGGCGCAGCAUAAGUUGGAGAGCAAGGGCUUGAUCGUGCAGAUCAAUUAUCUGAAGGCGAAGUUCACGCGCGAGAAUACGCUCAGGAUUGAUCUGGGGUAUCAGAAGCGGUAUUUGUUGGUGUUGCUUGCGAGGCACGAGCGAGGGGACGAGAAGGUACUCGCGGCUAUCGCCCGCAUCGGCUUCGCGCAACCCCAUCCGCCGCCCAAGACCAAACGGCGAAACCUUAAGCGACUCGCGCAGGCCGUCAUCUUCAUUCAACGCGUCAAACGCGCCAGCGACGCCUGGAGAAAGGAGUGCGAGGCGAAGCCCGCCAUCAAAGCCGCGCUUGACGAUGUUCGCCGUAGGAGAGCAAGGGAGGCGCGCGCAGGACCAUCUUCGUAG